AAAGUCAUGAACAGUACUGUUAAUGACAAGACUCCCAGAAACCCCACUACUGGAGACCUCUAAGAUUUAAAAAAUGAGGUGGUCUAGAGUAUUGCUCUUAGGCAAUGUUCUAAUUCUAGGACUCUAUACUGCCAAAGGAGAAGAAGGGAAACCUUGUGAUUUUCCACGAAUCAAAAAUGGAGGUCUAAAGAGUGAAGAGAACCACAGCUUCUUCAGAUUCUUCUUCCCAGCAUUUAGAGGAAAGCAGCUCGGCUAUUACUGCAACAGAGGAUUUGUGACUCCUUCAGGGACAAAGUGGGACUACAUUCGCUGCACUGUACAGGGGUGGGAGCCUGCAGUUCCAUGCCUCAAAGCAUGUUCAAAGUCAGAUAUAGAAAUUGAGAAUGGCUUUUUUUCUGAACCUGAUCUUGCAUAUCAUAUAAAUAAAACAACACAGUAUAAGUGCAAACAGGGAUAUGUAACAGCAAAUGGGAAAACAUCAGGACCAAUUACUUGUCUACAAAAUGGAUGGUCAGCUCAACCCUCAUGCAUUAAGUCUUGUGAUAGGCCUAUAUUUGAGAAUGCUGGAACUAAAAGUAAUAGCACAUGGUUUAAACUCAAUGACAAAUUAGACUAUGAAUGCCAUGUUGGAUAUGAAAACAGACAUAAAGAUACCAAAGGCUCCAUAACGUGUAAUUAUGAUGGAUGGUCUGAUAAACCCUCAUGCUAUGAAAGAGAAUGUAGCAUUCCCUUACUAGAUCCAAACUUAAUCGUCGAUCUCAAGAAGGAAAAAUAUAAAGUUGGAGAUUUGCUGAAAUUUUCUUGCCGACCAGGACACAGAGUUGGACCAGAUUCAGUGCAAUGCUAUGACUUUGGAUGGUCCCCCAGUUUCCCAACAUGUAAAGGUCAAGUAGGAUCAUGUGUUCCACCUCCUGAACUCCUCCAUGGGGUAGUUAAGGGAACAAAGAAAGAAGAAUAUGUCCAUGGUGAGGCCGUGGAAUAUGAUUGCAAGCCUGGAUUUCUGCUGAAAGGACCGAAUAAAAUCGAGUGUGUUGAUGGAAAGUGGACAACCUUGCCUACAUGUGUUGAGGAUGCAAGAAUGUGUGUAGACGUUCCUGAACUUGAGCAUGGCUCUGUAAAAUUUCCUAUGCCUUCCUACCGCCAUGGAGAUUCAGUGGAGUUCACCUGCUUGGAAACAUUCACAAUGAUUGGAAGUGGGUCAGUUUCAUGCAUUAGUGGAAAGUGGACCCAGCUUCCUCAAUGUAUUGAAACAGAUCAACUGGAGAAGUGUAAAGCACCGAGGUUAAGUUCAGUGGGGGCAAAACUCCCUGAGAAGAGUGAAUUUAAUCACAACUUUAGCAUAAGUUACAAAUGUAGAGGAAAGCAGGAGUAUAAACACUCAAUCUGCAUCAAUGGAAGAUGGGAUCCAGAGCCAACCUGUACAAGAGUAGAGAAAAAAUCCUGCCCUCCUCCACCACAGAUUCCAAAUGCCCGAGUUAUGGAAACCACAGUGAAAUACUGGGAGGGAGAGAAAGUUUCUAUUAUUUGUCAAGACAAUUACCUAAUUCAAGACACAGAAGAGAUGGUGUGCAGAGAUGGAAGGUGGCAGUCAUUACCACGCUGUGUUGCGAAAAUCCCAUGUUCCCAGCCCCCUGAAAUAGACCACGGAUCUAUUAAAUUACCCAGAUCACAAGAAAGGAGAAACAAAGCAAAGUCCAGAAGUUACAAACACAGCACUACACUCAGCUAUGUUUGUGAUGAUGGGUUUAGGCUGGCUGAGGACCAUGGGGUAACCUGCCACAUGGGGAAGUGGAGUGCUCCACCUCGAUGUGUAGGACUUCCUUGUGGUCCUCCACCUUCAAUCCAUCACGGUAUUGUGUCUCAUGAACUAGACAUUUACCAACAUGGAGAAGAGGUGACAUACAGUUGUUCUGAAGGUUUUGGAACAGAUGGAUCAGCAUUUAUUAAAUGUGUAGGAGGAAAGUGGUCCCAGCCACCAGCUUGCAUAAAAACUGAUUGUGACAGUUUACCCAGGUUUGAGAAUGCCGUACUCAUAGAAAAGGAAAAAAAAUCUUAUAGGUCAGGUGAAAAGGUGAUGUUCAAAUGUGCACCAUCUUAUCAAAUGGAUGGGUCCAACAUUGUGACAUGUGUUAAUCGCAUGUGGAUUGGAGAGCUGGUAUGCAAAGGUAGUUUGAUGCACUUUCAACAUAUAUUUAUUAUAGUUUUAGAAGACUGAUUAAAAAAGCCUAGCA